GGUCUUAGAGUCCGCGCAGAUAAAAGGGACUUGAGAUCCUGAGCAGCAUCAGAAGCAAACUGAGGACGGCUGAGUAAAUCAGUCAGGACAGGUACACUGGGAUUUUCUCUGCUCGUCGUCAAGACAUCCAGACAAUAGAAGAUAUGGUGGCUGUGCAGAAGUCUUGGACCACCCUGAUUGUCCUUGCUGUGUGUUUGCUGAUGUGCAUAGGGACCCUGGUAGAGGCUUACCCUAUGAAACCCGAGUUCCCAGGAGAAAAUGCCCCCCCUGAAGAAAUGGCGAAGUACUACUCCGCUCUCAGAUAUUACCUCAAUCUCAUCACACGACAGAGGUAAACUGGAACCACACAUCAUUGAAUAUAUAUGGGAAGAGAUAAUCCAGAAGCUUUGUCAGAUUCCCCUUUUGAUGAAAGCAGAGUUCAUGUUGGGAAGUCAAGAUACUAUGAUUCCUUGAUGUGGUGAUUUCAUCCUCAUUUUACCUUUUGUGUUGAUGCAUUUUAAUUAUGGUGCAGAAGGACCUGACCUCUACAGAAUUAUGACAAGACUACACCAAACCAAAAGGAUCACUGCAUGCAAACCUUGUUCAUGCAUUGAGAAACCAUUGAAGUUUUUUUGUGGCAGACAAUUGUACAUAAUUUAUUGUUAAAAUAAUAUAUGACAGUCAAGAAAAAAAACAAAAUGGGGGGUCUUUCUGAGGAAAAAUAUCUUGUUUGUAUUGUAAAAAUGUUUAUGUGCAAUUAAAGUUUAAUCAAAUUAAAGAUCAAUCAAAUUUGC